AUGACAAGCACAGACGCCGAGCACCGUGUUGGACGUCCUGUAUGCAGAACGAAACCCACAGCCACCCUUCUUCAGCAUGCCGAGAAGGCGGCACUGCCAUCCCAAACCAAGGCGAUUAACGAAUUCCAUGCCGCAGAGGCUGCCAAGCGUGCCAUUGAACAUAUCUCCACUUCAUCCCCCACUGACACUGCAAAAUCACCAUCUCCCAUGCCAUCAACACCAUCUACUGUCAACACCUGCAAAAGGGUGCACCCUGAAGACUCCUCUGAUGGAGAAUCUGCUGAUGAUGAGCGUGAAAACGCACGUACUAAUCCCAAGCCUCGAAAGCAGCGCAAAUUGGCUGUUGUCCCAACCGAACAAGAAUCGGUUGAUGCUGAUGGGGCCAAUGGGAAGGUGAAAAAGCACAGGAAGUGCAAGAUGUGCCUGAAAGCAUGUAUUCUUGUUAACGAAAUAUCUACCCUCCAUCGUCAUGCUGAGGCAAAGUUCUCUGGCAAAUAUCGGGAAUGGGCCAAAGAACAUUUGUUCGAGUCGAUGCUUCCUGGUGACGUCAAGGCCCGCAAGGACAAUGCCGCGCAGCAGAGCAUUAAUGCGCAUCUGACUGAGUGGAAACUUGCUGAAAAAGUGGUUUCAUAUUUGGAUAAGUUAUUCAAACAGGCCGCAAUCAAGUGGCUUGUGGCUACUGACCAGCCAAUUCAAGCACUCGAAACAUCCGAAAUUCAAAGAAAUGAUCGAUGUCGCCAGCUCGAGCCACCAAUGGCGUCAAAAUUCCAGGCAGAAAGGCAACUUGUGCAGAAAUAA